AUGAUGUUCGACGAGGACUGCGAGCCGGGCACGUUUCUGAUGCCGCUGAAGAAGAAGAAAACGGCCCGCGAACGGAACAAACAGUGUUUGACGUGGGCGUACGACGACAACCAGAAGUGCCAGGAGAUGAAGAGGACCGAAUGCGACAGAGACGACGCGGACGAUGUCGACGAGCGCGCGGACCCGCCGCCGGCGCGCGACGAGGCCGAGCCGCAACACGGCCGCGCCAAGUUCAAAAACUCGGUCGAAUGGAAAUGGACCAAAUGCACGUGCGCCGGCCUGUUCCGGAUCAUGGGCGAGUAUUACGACGAAAUGUGGUUCGCGACCGCCAUCAAAGAGUGGUGUCUGCUGUACUACCGGUGCAACCACACGGCCGACUACUGGCAGUACAAGGACGAGUGGAUAUCCGGCGACGAGGAGGUCCGGAUGGCCGUCUGGAACGAGAUCCUAAAGCAACGGGACCGAGCCGAUCGCCGCCGCGAGGAAUGCCAGAAACUGAAGGGCCAGGAGUUUGCCGAGGGCAAAUCCGCGGACCCCGACGCCAGACGCAUAAUGGAAAUGUACGGGGUGGACACGGAAGAGGACGCAUACAGGGUAUAACCCACUCAGCUCAGCGCUCCCAACGGACGAAGCGGGGUUACCCGAGUGCGUAGCGAAAUCGCCCAUUAUCAAUAUCCCGAGUGCGUCCGGAAUCGGGUACACUUCCUGAGUGUGGCCUGAUAAAAAACAAAAAAAAAAAUCAUAUUUUCGACGUAGCCCGAAUGCGCUUAGACUUACGAGUGGCGCGCCGCGAGGAGGUGUACUGGCUUGCGCUCCGAAAAUAUUUUAUUAUUUUUUUUUAUCUGUUUGUUGACUUGCGCCCGUUAUGGGGUUGGUUGAGUGUUAAACAAUGUAUUUGUUUUCUAUUUUUUUUAACGCACGAGAAAAAAUGUUAAAAGCGUUGUCUGUACUUUGUACACUAAAAGCUGCUGUUUACAUGCAAUUUACUCUUUAGACUGCUCAUAUCAUUUUCAUAUCGGGUGCGUGAAAACAACAGAAAACGUUUGUCGGCACCGGGAUACGGAGAAAAUUACUGCGCUGCGCUCGGUUUCUACACGACUGCUGGCCGCAGUAUUGCUUAGUUUUAUUAUCGAAGCUGAAAUAAAACGAUAUUUCCCAACCGAUUGGUUUAUCAAUCAUCGAGUUUAUCGGUUUAUCGGUUGUCAAAUAGGUAUAAAUAGGCCGUGGACCGAUAACGCUGCGGACGCGCUCGGGCUACGAAAAACGUGUGAAUUAAAACGGGAAUCGCUCGGCAGAUUACCCCCGGACAAAGUCUUAAACGUACCUGUCAUUCCCCGCUCGUCCGUGUCGUUAGAUUCAUUCUCGUAUUGUAGCCCGAUGUCGAAAUCCCCGGUUUUUGUACGUACCGUUUCGUAGGUACCUAGUAAAAUUAAAAUCGCAGACCGAACUGAAAAGUCCGUACGAUCGGUUAUUUUAAAAACGAAUUGCAAACCGCACGAAAACCCUCGGGGAUAUCUCAAGCGCGUCCCGUUUUCACAACCCGAGUGCAUCCGCAGUCCUGUCGAUAAAUUAAAUCUGAGUUUGUCCUCAGUUACGAUUGCGGACGAACUCGGAUGAAUCAUCCGCAACUGUAGGUACCCGUUUUAUAUUUAAGAUUUCAAUUUAAAAUAGUGGGGGAAUCGUAAUUUUUCCAGUCUUCUAUAGAACGGAAUAACGAAAAGUAGCGCCGUAAUUUUUGUCUUAUCAAAAUCUAUGAAAUCGCAAAAAUAUAUUGACUUAUAUUGUACAAAAAUCAAUUACCCGGCUACAAUUUUCGAAUACAGUUUGUACUUAUGACUACGAAAAAAAAUAAUUGACGAGUUACAAAAAACCCCUUUGAAAAAAAUCGCGUAACAUAUAUUAACAUAUAAUUACGUGUAUAAAAAAAAAAAACUAAUUUUUACCACGCCGAUGAUUAAAAUCAUUAUCAGUCCUAAGCCUGUAAGUGACAGGGGAAAUUGGUGUUUCUAAACGUGUUAGCGUCUUCGAACGCAUGAUAUUUUCGUUAAAAUAUCUCGUUUGAACCCAAGUGCGGCUGGACCGUUACCUUUUUUUUACCGCGAGUGCAAUUCGACCAUACCUCUCGGGCGACCUCUUUUUCCAGACGCACUUGGGAGAUCGGAAAAAUAUAGGUAAGGUGAAAAACGGUCAAAGAGGACGCACUCGGGUAACCCCGAAAAAACACGAGCGCGUGUAUUUGAUGAUGUUCGGCGGUCCCGGCGCAUCGUUCGGCAUAUUAUUCCGCGUACGAUUGCAGGUGAGGGAAAUGCACGGGGCCGUGGACGAGGCCAGCGAACUGGUAGUGCUGAAGAGGAUGGACGUGCGCGACGAGAAUCGCUCCCCCGAGAUCGCUCCACGGGAUGUGGCGAACGCGAAAACUGUAGAAUCCGAGUUGUUGCUGGCCAACCCGGAGACCGACCCGGACUGGGUGGAAAUGCGGCGCAGAAUGCGCGGCUCGUUCGCCGCGCUCAACAUGUGCCGGUGUGACGUCAGCUUCGAACUGCUGAACCACAUCAUGAUCGAGCUGUGCAAGUACUGGGCGAACCUGCCGAACAUCGAACACAAGAUCGAUCCGAUCAUGGAGCGAAACAUCACGCGCGAAAUCCAAAACUUCCGGUUCAAAUUGUUUGACAUGACGCCCGAGGAGUGUGAGGAACUAAAAAUAACGGAGCCGCAAAGCUCGGAAAGAACGCAGCCGUCAUUUCAGGAAAGAACGCAGCCGCAAAGCUCGGAAAGAACGCAGCCGUCGUUUCAGGACAGAACGCAGCCGCAAAGCUCGGAAAGAACGCAGCCGCCGUUUCAGGAAAGAACGCAGCCGCCGUUUCAGGAAAGAACGCAACCGCCGUGUCGGGAAGAAACGGAUCCGUCGUGUCAGACAGAAACGGAUCCACCGCGCCGCGAAGAACCGCGGCCGCCGUUUCAGGAAAACGAUGUGGACCCUUACCUUUUGCCCCCGACCAACAAUGAGUCCGACAAUUACUGCGGGUACGUUGAGCCGCAGUACGCGACGCAGGACUUUGAUCUCGACGAAUCCACGCCCAAGCGCGGUCGGAAUCGCAACCGCGUCUAG